AUGUCUGAGGCAAAUUCCGACACUGCAAUUUCUGAGGAAUCCUAUGCCUCUCCACGUGUAAUCAAUAGGUGGACCCCUGUUACAAAAAGACAUGCUGCCUUUAUUCUUCAAGAGCGGCUCGAACCCUGGGGGUGGGAGAACCCUUUUGUUCUUCCAAGCUCCCCGACGUCGACGUCCAACAUGGAGCUGGACAAGGAUUAUUCUGUGGCAGCUGCCAAAGAUGUUGAGGACACCGCAACACGCUAUGACAAGGAGCCCAAGUUGGAUGACAAGCACAAGUUGGAUGAUGAGCAAAAGUCGUCCCCUCACCAAGAGGAGAUGGAGUUGGACAAAUCUGACUCUGAGGACAACUCUGAGGACAACUCUGAGGAUGACUCUGUGGAGGACUCGGAGCUUAAGAAUGUCCUCUUCCAUCUUGAAAGAGCUCUUCACGAUGCGAAUAAACGAGUUACCUUGGUUGUGCGUCUCCAGGAUGCCCUCACAGAAAGGGAGCAGGAGAAGAUGGCUCUCCAGAAGAUUUUACGAAAGGUGAAGUUUGCUCUUGAGGGAUAUAGAUUCGUUGAGAACCUUCAUAUUAAGAAGCGACAUUUCGCUGAAGAUUCUGAUUCAUCAGAUGGAGAAUAUCAUCAAGGACAUCAAGAACCUAUUGAUUGGGACGCACAGCAGCAGCAUGUAGAGGAAGUGCAUGAGCAGUGGCUGCAGGACGACACAGACACCUUCUUCUUCCUGGAGACAAAUACUGUGGAUGUUGAGAUUGGAGAGGAUGGGCCUGGGCCAAGCACACAAGCACAGUGUCAGGAGAAGCAGAAGCAGAAGCAGAACGAGCUCCAUUGCACCUUGGAUGAGGAGGACGAGGACCACAUCUACGUUAACUAUAAGGGGGCAGGAAAAACAAUCGGCACCAACAACACUGUGCACCAGCGGUGGAAAGACCUCUUUGCCAACAAGGAGGAAUCAUUUGAUGAUGCCAAUCCUCUAAACGACAUUCUCCCUGAAGCAGAGGCACCUGGAAAUCCUUUUGCACCCUUUGUGACGGAGAUGGACUGGAGAGUAGCACGCUGGGUUGUACAGGAUGGGAUCGGACACAAAUCGUUUGAUAGAUUCCUGGAAAUUCCUGGGCUUUGGGAAAAGCUUGGGUUAUCAUUUAAGAAUAUUCGUGAAAUCCACCAAACCAUUGACAAUGAUAUUCCUGAUCGUGCAGGAAUCUGGAAGACUGAAGAUCUUUUCUUUGAUGACGCUCCUGAUGUCCCCUACACCAUACGCUAUCGCGACCCACUGGAGGCUGUCAGGAGUCUGUGGGGUGAUCCUUCUCUGGCAAAGCAUCUUGUCUAUCGGCCUCAAAAGGUGUUCACUGAUGAGGAUCGCAUGAGCUGUGUCUAUACUGAGAUGUGGACUGGAGACUGGUGGAAUGGUGUCCAGAAAAAGCUUCCUAAAGGCGCGACUGUGGCACCUGUGAUCAUUGCUACAGACAAGACACAACUUACUCAGUUCAGUGGUGGAAAAAGUGCAUAUCCAGUGUAUCUGACCCUAGGGAAUAUCCCAAAGUCAAUACGCCAAAAGCCCUCCAAACGAGCGUGCAUUCUCUUGGGUUACCUUCCCUCCACAUCUAAACUCAAGGUGUCAAAUCUUUCCAAGAAGAAUAUCAGUAUUCGCAACCAACAACUCUUCCAUGAGGCAAUGCGCAUCAUCCUCGAGCCUUUGAUUGAGGCUGGAAAGAAGGGUGUUGAAAUGACUGGCAGAAAUGGUGAAAUUUCUGGGCCAGAACGCAAACACAUGGCUCGUAUUCUUCUUGGAUGCCUGGGCAACAAGUAUCGAGCUCAUGAUGAAGAUACCCUCAAAUAUAUACGUGGUGCAUUGCACACUAUCCACCAUGGCAAAGUUGGGAAUGGAAAAAUGCAUCUCAUAGAGGGUCUACUUCGGAAGGACAUGAACAUACCAAAGCUUCAUUCUUUUCUUCAUUAUGAAGACUCUAUUCGGCUCUUUGGCACCACCGACAACUACAAUACAGAAAUGUUUGAGCGCUUUCACAUUGACUUUGCCAAGGAGGGCUUCCGCACUUCAAAUCAGCGUGAUGUUUUUCCCCAGAUGGUCAAUUGGCUUGCUAGAAGGGAGAAGGUUUCCAUGUUUGACAGCUAUCUGGAAGUGCAGGAUUGUCUAACAAAGCCACGCCCAAAGAAAAAGCGCAAGAUUACUGAGCGUACUACCCAUGGCAUUGCUGAACAUCCACCUUUCCCUAAUCGCCCUCUCUCUCUUAUUGAAAAGCAACAUCAUGCCCCUAAUUUCUCCCAGGAUCUCAAAGUGUAUUUGAACAAGUAUUGGCCUCAUCCCUCCAGCAAUCGUACAGCUCAUCUCUAUGCCCUCCCUUUUGACAGACUGGAUGUCUUUAUUCAGUUCAAAUUCCACCCCCACCUCCUCCAUGAUGACAUUGCCAAUCCUGAUGAAGAAGAAAGUGAUACUGUCAAGGCACAUCCAUGUACUCUCAAAAAUCCUAAUGGCCAUUUUGAUACAGUUGUUGCUCUGCACACAGAGGAAGCCCAAUCUGAACACGUAUUGGUCGUGUCCGUGUAA